AUGGUCUAUAAGGCUGCCUUAGUAGUAACAGGUCUCCUACUAGUGGCCCUUGGCCUUCAAAUACUACCGGUAAUAUCUGUCCCCAUCACCACAUCAAUAUCCCUUUGCUCAUAUGAUGAUGACUACAAGUUCGGGAUGUUUGGUUACUGCUAUUCUCAUGAAGGUUGUUCAUCAGUACAAAUUGGUUAUCCCAAUUCCAUCCUUCAGCAAUUGACGGUAUUUUCACUACCCUGGCAUUCUCGCUCCUCGCUUUCCAAGCUUCUUAUUGUUCAUCCAAUAGCCUGUGGCUUCACCCUAGUACUAUUCAUCCUGACAAUAUUCCUUCAAUUCGACUCGUACAGUCUUGGACUUCUUCUGUUCCUAUUGGUCUGGGGUAUCCUUAGCUUCUUGGUAUGCCUCUUCUCAUUCUUGGUCGAUAUUCUCUUGUUCUCUCCACAUUUAAGCUGGUGUGGCUGGGUGGUGUUAGGAUCAACGAUUCUCAUUGCCAUAUGCACCAUUGGGUUAUUCAUCAUGAGAAAAGAAACGUCUAGCAGAAUUAAAAUGAACAAAAACAACGAGAAUUUGAAUAAUAUCAAUAAUAGAUACUCCCUCCAUGGAUUCGAAUACGAUAUGAAAAAUGAACACUACGAUAACCAUAAUAAUGGUAAUUCAUUCAGUGCCAAUAGUCGAGAUGAGCUUGUACAUGAAAAACCCAGCUUGCAAAGUUUCGUCAACCAGGAAAACUCUUUGCCCCAAGCAGCUCCCACUAGUUAUCUUAAAGUCAACUCCGCAAAUUUCAAUGAUAUCUUGACCGUCACUGAAACCAUCUCCAAUGAUUCAAGAUCCCCCACUGAAUUUGAUACUCAAGACCAAUUCAAAAGCCAUCAUCAAGCCCUCCCCAUGGUCCACGAUAUUAUUUAUCAUCAACCUCCGUUCGAAAUCCCUAGCAAUACCAGUCCCGACUCCAUCCAAAACUCCUCAGUUUAUUACUCGACUCAUGAAGAUCCCGCCCAGGCAGCUCUGGCGUACAUCUCACGAAUUUCCCUUAAGGCCCCGGUACCUUAUCCUUUAUACCCAACUCAAGACCAUCAGGUCCCUCCACCUCCUGAUAUACCUAUUCCAAAUACCCCGUAUCCAAUGGAUGACGACCCACGGUCCAGUAUGAGAUUACCAAGUGAGAAACAACAACAACAACAACAAAAACAAAAACUUCCUAGUGAAGUGCUACCAGAUGUAUCAAAUUCAUCACAAAAAGUCAAUUUGUCAUCAAUGAAUAAGCAAAAGGAGCAUGAAAACAUUCAUCUCAAACCAAUGAUAAACAAAAAUAAAGGUAUUUCCUCGCUAAAGUACGGUCCAAUUGGCGAUUCCGAUAUUUCUGAUUCAGAGAGCCACAGUAGACUAAGUGAUGUCAACACUAGUGUCAUUAGUGAAGUGAUUUCUUCAGGUGAAGCAUUAGAAAUUAAAUUACCGGGAAUAAAUACCACCAUGAUGAAUACUAGAAGAGCUGACCAUCGUCCAAAAAACUUGACGCUCGCCACUUCGAAUUUUCAUAAAGAUGGCCGCACUGAUCUUUUGAAUAUCUCGCCAACUUUGCCAUUGACUCCUCAUAAAUCUGGGUUCUUAUCAUCAAUUUCCGAAAGUUUGAAAAGCCCUGAAAAAGAAAUUAGCAUCAAUAGGAUUCUACGAAACCAACAAGGCCUAUUGUCUGAUAAAUUACACCAUAAAGAAAUCACAGAAUUACCAGCCAUGAACACCGGGAUCUCUCAAAUUGAUCCAAAUUACCAAGCGGUAUCAUCAUCCAAACCCAUUGCCAACUCCAUGCAAACGUACUUGGCAGGUUACGAGAGUAGUAAAGAAAGUUCGCAAAUUGAUUUCAGAUCAUCAGCGUCCAAAACCAAUUCCAUUAGUUAUAAAUCCGAUAGAAUUAAACUUACAAAGCUGGAUUCCAAAUAA